CACUUUCCCAAGGCAUGGAGGUGUUUUGCGAGAGAUCUAAGCGCCUGAGCACUUCCUAAGGCCAUCUGCAGCUGACCACAGCCAGCCGACAGGCGCAUCUCUGUCCACCCUCCCUCUCUGCGCGUGGGCGCUUGACGAAGGCAUCUGUGCUGUGUGUGUGGUGAUGUCGGGCAAAGGCAAGGGCGGCCGCGGCAAGACCGCCGAGAAGACCAAGAAGGUCAGCAGGGCAGAUGGAUCGAUGGAUGGAUGGAUGGAUGGAUGGGCACCAUGGAUCUGUGUUAUGUGUGGUGUGGUGCGGCGCCCUUUCUCGGUUCGUUCGUUCUGCAGGUGAGCCAGUCGGUGCGUGCGGGUCUGCAGUUCCCCGUGGCGCGCAUCGCCCGCUACCUCAAGAAGGGCCGCUACGCCAAGCGGCUCGGCAGCGGCGCCCCCGUGUACAUGGCCGCCGUGCUCGAGUAUCUGUGUGCUGAGGUCCUGGAACUCGCCGGCAACGCUGCCCGUGACCACAAGAAGGUCAGAGAGGACAGAGAGGGUGGAGAGAGGGAGAGAGGGAGAUGGGGGAGGGGAGGCGUGUGUGUGUGGGUGUGUACGUCAGACUCGCAUCACGCCCCGCCACCUGCAGCUGGCGAUCCGCAACGACGAGGAGCUCAGCAAGAUGCUGGGCGACGUGACCAUCUCCCAGGGCGGCGUCAUGCCCCACAUCCACGACGUCCUGCUGCCCAAGAAGUAAGAACACACCACACACAGGGAGAUUCAUGGGCCGAGGAGCCGCACACAAAUCGGGGGGUGCCUUCUGUUGUGGUGUGUUUGUGUGUGUGUGUGUGUGCAGGUCUAAGGCCAAGGCUAAGAAGGUUGCAGAGGCCGCCAACAACGAGGAAUGAACCGACACACACCACACCACACCACACCACAUAAUACGACACGAUACACUGCAACACGUCAUGACGGGCGAACCCACCUACCGAGACACACACAUCGAAACACCUAUACCCACACCCAUCCACACACACACACACAGAAACACACACACACAGAUGGGGCGUAGCGGCGAUUUUGCUGACAGCCAUCUCCCCAGGCACCGCCCCGACCCAUACACACAUACACGUGCUCACCUGUACAUACCAUCCAUGAGUGUGUGUGUGUGGCCGUCGUCCCCCUUGGCUGACCUCUUCUCUCUUCCCGCGUCCGGCUGGCUGGCUGCCCUCUGUAUCUCUCUCCCCCACAUUUUUGGUGUCGAUGGCCGGUUUUCAAACCCAUCGUCCACACACCUAUGAAUGCUUCUCUUCCCUCCCCUUGAAAGCACAGACAGACAGACAGACAUUCCACAUCUGUGCAGCCGACACACGCCAUCAAGAUUGUUGGCCGGUAGCUCCGUCCUUUCCAUGCCACCAUGUUCAUGUUUGCACGUUUCCAUGGGAUGUCUGCAUGCAUUGUGUCGAUGAGUGAGUGCGUGUUAAUUAAUCAGUUGGUUGUGCAGAUGGCUGUCGGGUGAGGUGCCUAGGUCAAUUCCUAUGCGUGUCUGUCUAGAUGGAUGGAUGGAUGGAUGGACGAAUCGCACCGUGAC